AUGACGGACUCCGACACUUCCAAUGUUAAUGCUACUCAGAGGAGCGAUAAGCACGCGGUGCUUGCGCCAGAGGCUGGUGGCGGACUGCCCACGUCGGAGCGCGCUUCUGAUCAAGGCGGGCUGCGGCGCGCGUGGGUCGCGUUUGAGACGCAGCUUGUAGCGUACAAUCUCGAGGCGCGCGGCAUCCAGCGCGUGGAGCCAGACGAGAGGCAAGAGCUGCGUGCGUUAGGGUACUCGCAGGUGGCGAUCAUGUGGUUUUCGGUGAAUCUGGCAGCCAACAAUAUUACGUUGGGGAUGCUCGGACCCGCGGUUUUUGCGCUGGGGUUCGUGGACAGCUGUUUGUUGAGCGUGUUCGGAGCGCUUGUAGGGUCUGUGGUCGUUGCGUAUAUUGCGACGUUUGGACCGCGCAGUGGGACGAGGACGAUGGUGUUCUCGCGGUAUAGUAUGGGGUGGUGGCCUUCCAAGAUUGUGGUGUUGCUGAACAUUGUCGUGUUGCUAGGGUACGGCAUGAUUGAUUGCGUAGUGGCAGGCCAGAUUCUCUCUGCCGUUUCUGGCAACACCAUGUCUGUCGUAGUCGGCAUCAUUAUCGUGGCGGUCAUUGCGUGGGCCAUUACCACUUUCGGGUACCAGAUCUUCCACUACUACGAGCGCUGGGCAUGGCUGCCUCAGCUCGUUGUUCUUUGUAUCCUUGCCGGCGUCGCAGGCCCAAAUUUCAACGUCUCUGCAGCGUCCCACGGCGACGAGAACCCGGAUACUAUCAUCGGCAAUAGGAUCAGCUUUUUUGGCCUCACCCUCGCCGCAGCUAUCACGUAUGGCGGUGGAGCAGCAGACUACUUUGUCUACUAUCCCGAACACGCCUCUUCUUUCAAGAUCUUCGGCAUGACCCUGUUUGGCCUCAUCUGUAGCUUUACCUUCGCCUUCGUGCUCGGAAUCGGUCUAGCUUGUGGCAUGCUGGCCAACCCCGACUGGGAAGCCGCGUACGGCACCUCUCAAGGCGCACUUAUCGUUGAAGCCUACCGCCCCCUUGGUGUAUUCGGCUCUUUCUGCGGUGUUGUAGUCGCGCUCGGUCUCGUCGCCAACCUCAUCGUACCAACCUACUCUUCUGGCAUUGACGCGCAGAUCCUGGGUCGCUGGGCCGGUGCGGUUCCACGCGUGAUCUGGAACACAGUCGGCGUUAUCAUCUAUACCGUCUGCGCUCUGGCAGGCCGCGCCCACCUUGCAGAAAUCUUCACCAACUUCCUUGCCCUGAUGGGGUACUGGGUAUCAAUCUGGAUCGCCAUCGUGCUGGAGGAGCACCUCAUCUUCCGCCGCAAGACGGGUUGGAACUGGGACGUGUGGAACCAGCAGAAAAAGCUGCCUUUGGGGAUCGCAGCGUUUGUGGCGUUCGUCGUGGGCUGGGUCGGCGCCAUCCUUUGCAUGGCGCAGGUCUGGUACUAUGGACCCAUCGCGUUGCUGGUGGGCACUUACGGUGCUGACAUGGGUAACUACGUUGGAUUCGCCUGGGCUGCGCUCGUCUACCCGCCGUUGCGGAUGUUGGAGAUCAAGAAGUUUGACGCCGACGAGGCGCUCAUCAGUCUCGCAGACGACGACCUCAUAAGUCUCGCCUCUGACUCGGCAGCAAGUCUCGCAUCCCCCACUACUGCAUCCGCCACGAGCAAGAUGGAAGUCAACCGCCUCAAGCCUUUGCAGCGUGACAGCUUUUCUGACCUCACCUGCCUAAUGAAGGCCAAGAAGCCCUACACACCGGUUCUUCCUUCCUCGCCAAGCCCCUCGAUGUCACGCCCAGUCAUUGACAUGCAGUUCGCCAGCCGCGUGAGCAGCGGCAGCAGCAUUCAGUCCCCAAAUACGCGGGCGCACUACGCGGAUCGCUCAGUCGCAGCUUUCUUGCAGAGCCAGUAUCCUCCGACCACUGCUUCAGAAGCUUCGGUCCCCCAGGAGUACAGCCAGCAGCGUAUGGAGCAGUUCGAGUCGAUCAUGCAGAGAGUUGCAGACCUGUGCAAAGACGAAGACGACGACGACAACGACGACGACGACGACGCUACUGUUUGCAACACUGUCAACCCGUUCCAGCCUGAUCCAAAGCUCUCAGUUAGACCCAUCGCCCCUCCCACGCCAGCCUUGUCAACCAGUCCUGCGUUGCCAGAAGAGCCUAUGGUGCGUGUCACCAAGCACGUCUGGGACGCUAUGGGCAGAGAUCUGAAGGCCUGCGAGGAGAAAAAUGAAGCGCUGGAGCUUAAGAUCGCGCGUCUGGAGAAACGCAAAGUCACGUCUCCAGGAGAAGACUACCAGAAUGACUUGGAGACACGAAUUGGCAAACUGCAGUACCAGAACGAAACCAACAAGACCCAGAUGGCUACAAUGGCUCGCACCAUGGCAGAGAAAGACAUGCAGAUUAAGCAGAUGCAGCUCGAGAUGUUCAGCACCAACAGGCGUUUAGAAGAUGCGACAACAGCGGCUAAGAAUCACGUUGAGGUCGCUGCAAAGCUCGAAUAUCUCCAGAUGACGACGAAGAACGGUAGGGCCAAUGACUGUCCUCAAGACAGCUUUCGCCAACUGUCUGACAAAUCUCAUCAAUCUGCCCACAAAGAUGCAGACAAGUAUAAGACACUGGCACAGGAGCACCAGAAAGAGCUCACUCAGUGUGAGAAGUUGCUGCAAUCCACCAAAGAGAAGUAUGCGGCCGAGCACAUAAAGGUAGGCGAGCUUGAGGACCGCGUUGAAGACAUUCAGCGUGAGCUAUCUCAAGGUGGCGAUCUCCGUGGUCAACUCAAGGAGAAGACCAGUGCUUGCGACCGCCUUCGCAACGAGCUCAAUGCCCAGACGAAAGCUUUUGAAGACCUCAUUGCUAAAGAAGCGGAAACACGUCUCCUACGUGCCUCGGACGAUGGCAAAGCUUUGCGUGGUGGCGUUCAUCUCGUCAAGCCCGCGUCAGACACCAAACUGUCUCCGCUCGUCCUCAGCUGUCUUGAGUGUUACAACAAGAACAUCACUUGUGACAACAAAGCCCGCUGCCGCCACUGUUACGAGAACAACGAGACCUGCUCUCGAUGGCGCUGCAGCCUCAAGCACAUUCUUGGCCAGUGCACAAACCUUCCCUGCACCUUCCCCCACGAAGCUGAUGGCUGGCUGGUGGCAACCGAACCAAGGCCUCAGUGGUAG